AUGACAACCUUAAACCACACUGCUCUGAGUCACACAGUCUUCCGCUUGCUGGGCAUCCCUGGACUAGAAAACCAGCAUGUGUGGAUUUCCAUCCCUUUCGUCAUUUCUUAUGUCAUCGCCCUACUUGGAAACAGCCUUCUUGUCUUCAUUAUCCUCACAAGACGCAGCCUCCAUGAACCCAUGUACCUCUUUCUCUGUAUGCUGUCUCUAGCAGACAUUGUGCUCUCCACCUGCAUAGUUCCUCAGGCUUUGGCCAUCUUUUGGUUCAAUGCUGGGGAAAUCUCCUUGGAUUGUUGCAUCACUCAGGUCUUCUUCAUCUCUUCUACCUUCAUUUUUGAGUCAGGGAUUUUGCUGGUGAUGGCAUUUGACCGUUAUAUUGCCAUUUGCUACCCAUUAAGAUACAUGACUAUUCUUACUCAUGCCCUGAUUGGGAAAAUUGGUGUGAGUAUCUUUCUGAGAAGUAAUGGUACAAUUUUCCCCAUAAUAUUUCUUCUGAAAAGAUUAAACUUCUGCAGAAGUAAUAUCCUCUCCAACACUGCAUGUAAGCACAUUGUUUUGGCUCAUGUUUCUUGUGAUGAUAUCCGAGUAAACAUCUGGUAUGGUUUUUUUGUACUAAUGUCAACCCUGGUCUUAGAUGUUAUACUAAUUUUUGUUUCUUAUGUACUUAUCUUGCGUGCUGUCUUCCACAUGCCUUCCCAAGAUGCUCGCCACAAAGCCCUGAAUACCUGUGGCUCUCAUGUCUGUGUCAUAAUUCUCUUUUAUGGGCCUGGGAUCUUCUCAGUCCUCACUCAAAGAUUUGGACGCCACAUUCCACCCCACAUCCAUGUUCUGCUGGCCAAUGUGUAUAUUCUUAUUCCACCUAUGUUGAAUCCCAUUAUUUAUGGCAUUAAAACCAAACAGAUCCGGGACCAAGUGGUUCAUAUGUUCUUUGCAAAGGACACAAGACCAUGA